GAUUGCAGCGGCUUCUCUUCGUUGCCGAGACCAGAAGAAAGCCGGGACGUGACGGAGCCGGAGGGGGUUUGCUUGCUGGAGGCCCGCUAAACCACCGACAAAAACAGCUUUUUGUAGUUUCUUCGUCGUUCAAGAGACGAUUGUGACUUAGCUUCAACCAACGUACUUUUUUUCAUCUUAGAACUAAUUUCACAAACAUGUCCUGGCAAAGCUACGUGGACAACCUAAUGGCUGAUGGCAGCUGCCAGGACGCGGCCAUUGUUGGGUACACGGACGCCAAAUACGUCUGGGCAUCGCAUGCCGGCGGUACCUUUGCCAACAUAACGCCUGACGAAAUUGAUGUAGUAACAGGAAAGGACCGAGAGGGUUUCUUCACCUGUGGCCUGACCCUAGGCAAUAAGAAGUGCUCUGUAAUCAGAGACAGCCUCCAAAUUGACAGUGACUGGACAAUGGACAUCAGGACAAAGAGUCAAGGAGGAGAGCCAACAUAUAACGUUGCUGUAGGCAGAGCAGCCAAAGCAUUGGUUAUUAUCAUGGGGAAGGAAGGUGUCCAUGGAGGGCAGCUCAACAAGAAAUCUUUUCAGAUGGUUGAAUACCUGAGGAAGGCCGGAUACUAAAGCAGCCUGUACCCAGCUCCUAGCAGCUCACCUUUACCACCCUGUUGCAUUUCACUCUACUUUCAGUCCUAGUUGGUAGUUACAUUUUCUUUUUCUGCCUUCUUUAUCCCUCAUCUGUUAUCCCUCUUUCUGUUGUCCUCUUUCCCUACCCCAUCCUCUUCCCUCAACACACUUGAGCUAUGUACCCCUGUACCCCUUUAAGCACUCUUAAGUUGAUUCAUAGCAAAGAUAAGCAUGUUGCUAACAGGAUGUCAUGACAAAUCUGUACUUAACCAAGACCAGCAAAAAAAAAAAAAAAAAAAAAAACACUCUGACAAUGGAAGCUAUAGCAUCAAUUUGAAGUAGAUAUUCCUUUCUUUUGUCUGUGUCACGGUGCCCAUCACUUAAUCCCUCCCAAACCUGAUCACACACACUCCCUCCCAGAGUAGCCGAUGCCUUUGGAGCACUUGAGCAGUAACCAAGCUCGUCAUGUCUUCCUCUUUCAUUUCCUCCAUGUCCGGGAGGGGAGACUGUGCGCAUAUCUCGGACCACUGUCAUUUCCCCUCUCAAACCCACGGCCACCCACCCCCCUACCCCCUCCUCCCCUCUUCCAGGCUCCCUUUUGCCAAAAAUGUUGAGUUCCUCCCCUCUCCCUGUUUCCCCAUCCUGUUUUCUUAUAUCAGGCAACAUUACAAACCUCACAGGAGACUCACUUCAUCAAACACUACUCACCACCUAACUCCUCUCCUGUCACAUUCACACUGCUCUGUCCUGAAUAAGUUCUACAAAGGGGGGAGGGUGGUUCUGUGUGUGUGUGUGUGUGUGUGGGAUCAGCUCAGUUAGCUAUCAUGACCCAACUUUGCAAGCGUUGGUGUCACCCAGAUGCUGGUUGCCUCUCCUCCCGGCAUCACAGCCUCCCCGACUACAUGAGAAUCCAUGGACAUUCCACAGUAACAAUGGCUCAGGCACUUAAUACUGUUUUGUUUGCCAGCUCCUGUAAUGUUUUUUUUUUUUUCUUUUUAAUUUUGUUUUUGAAAGGCUGCCAUUUUUGGACAGUAGAUAUCCCAGCAUAUAACCAUAUGGAGUGUGUCCAGUUUGAUUUUUUUUUUUUCUUUUUCUUUUUAUAGGACCAAGUGUAGUUGAAGCUCGGGUGUUUAUACAAUUGCUCUAAAUCAUGCUAAGGAUGACUGCUAACUUUUUCUGAUGAAAGAAUCUCUAACCAGACAGUAACACUAUGGUUAAAAAAACAAAAAUGAAACUACAGGGGAGGUAAGGGUGGGAGCAUCUGAAGGAAAUUCUCAUGUCAUAGUUGUUGUUUUUUUUUUUUUUUUUUUUUUUCUUUACUAUUUAGAAACACAAACGACUGCAUUUGUACAAACCCAUGCUGUGUUGACAAUAUAACUGUGGAAUAAAUUGCCUUCUACUCUAUAGUCAACUGAGCUCUGGGGUAUCACAUGGUCUGUCCACGCUCAUUACUGCUAUCUGUAACGUCCAACUGAGGAAAAACGACAAAAAAAACAAAACACUUGUAAAGGUAGAAAUGACACUCAAUGGGAGAUGGGAUUAGUUGGAACAAAGACGCUAAUGGUUGUCAUGUCGAAACUUAACUGCAGAACCUGUGUAUCCUGUGCCAUAAUGUAGAGAGAUCUGUUGCUGUUGUAAGAUGGAUUUUACCCACUGUCCACUACGGAGUCAUUUCAUUGGCACUUUUUCUUUAAUUUUUUUUUUUUAGCUUCAGAUCCACUGUUUAGGCCUUGUGGGAUACGCGUGUACUCACAAAAAAAAGAGAAAAAAAGUUUCAAGUCCUGUUUGCCGAUUUGUUCAUUUCUUUUCCUCACCACUUUAUUUUUCUUACAUCUGGGAUACAGUCUCUUUAAUGCAUCUGAUUUCAUAUGCAUAAAACCAAGAAAUGCCAUAAAUUGAUUUAUCACCUUGUUUACAGACAGAUCAAAUAAAUUUAUUCCAACCAGA